CGUAUACUACAAACUAUAACUUGUAUAAAUUCAAGUUUUAUUGAAAGCAUUUGAAAAAAACAUCAUUUAUUUUCGAUUCUGCCUUGAAUGGAUACACGAACUCUCAGGCGCAUACAGAGAUCAGGAAAAUUAUUUUGUAGUUAAGAACAAUGGAUGGACUAAGCAGUCGAGGAUCGGGGCUGGAUCCGCCCCUAUUUUUGACCUGUGACAUGGACCAAUUCCGGGAUCCACACAAGAAACGUGCAGCCGUCGAUGCCUGCGAGGAGCUGGAUAAGUUGGAUGCCCAGGACGAGAUCAGUGUGUCCAGUAUAAUCUCGGCCCUGCUGCGACCUAUCGAGCCGUCGGACGAUCAAUAUAAGCAGUGUGACUGGGGCAUUGACCCCAAGCAGUUCCUGCCCGUGAAACAGGCCAUCAUUUUUAAGGAGCAACUGUUCGUGUCCAGGCUACGGAACACAAACUGCAAGCUUAACGAGGAUCUAAAGAUCUUUUUUGAACGUGAGCUGGAGCAGAUCGGUCGCUUCUGCCUGAACGUGGAGGAGGCCUUUGAUGGAUACGUGGUCUUCUGCAGCAGUAAGAUGAAGAAGGGACGCGGUAUUGUGGAGUGUGGUCAUCAGCUGAAGGGCAAGUACGACGAUAAGUUCCUGCUGAUUUGUGAAAAGCGCUCUGAGUUCGACCGGAUCGACAACACGCGUGUGGAGAAGAUCCUGGAGGUGCGAAACCAUGCCGAUCUCCUGCUCACCGCCAUCCGGGAGACGCGGAUCAAUGAGGAGGUUCAGCGCUUUAAAGCGCGCAUCGACAUCAAGGACCGUGACCACGUUUUCGUUCUAGACGGAGGUAUCAUGCUUCUGAUGCGUCACCUGGUGUGCAACAACUUUAUCGGAAACUUUGAGUAUUACACAAUGAACUUGUACGGACGCGUCCUGCGCUGCAAUCUGGUGGUGCACAAGGAGCGCAAGGUUGUGCGCAUCUUCUAUCGCACCUACAAGAACGUGGUGCACAUCCUCACCCAGCAGUGCUUCAAUGACGAGUUGCAAGAUGUGGCCGAGACCUUCAUGACGCCAGAAGGUCGGAUCGUGAUCCACUAUUGGCGCGGCUACAACUACCUGCUCCACGCUGCCUGCUUGCCACCGAAGCGCAAGGAGACGAUCCUGCCCAAGCUGGAGCUCAUGUGGCGCCAGAAUGUCCAGCUGACCCGCAAGUUCCAGGAACUAAAGGCUCUUAAUUACGAAAAUGCCACGAACUACUUGAACGGCAACACCCAGCUGGCCGACUUUAUGCAGGACUAUGUUCUCAAUGUGCUUCGGUAUAAGCCUACAAAUGUCCUUGAGUUUUCCAUCAUGUUCUUUCAAAACAUGGCCAAAGGAAAUUAGACUAUGGCUACUACCUGCGCCCAACUUAUCCCGUAAAUUCUAAGUCGUUUCAUGGAAAUAAGAAUAAUUUUUUUCUCGCUUUGAAAGCAAUAUACUUUUGUUUGUUUAUUUGAACAUCAAUAAAGUUUGAAAAAUAAAUGCCACUCUUCAUACUACCCCAA